AUAAGAAAAGGCCCAACUCACACACAGACAGUGGGACAUUCAUGUUAAACAGGUGCCUGAGGGAGUGAGGCUGCACCUUUAUUGUGUUACAUAGUUUCCCCCCAGGGGGCAAAUUAAGGCUCCACCCUCUCGUUAUCCCAUGCUAAUUACCUGCCUUUGAUAAACAUGUGACUAUGCUAAUGAAGGGCGUUAGAGUACAGGAACCCAUCAGCCUUCCUUUCCAUAUUGUGGGAGGAACCUUUUCCCCCAAACAAAGGCCCCGCCCAUAGGGGGUGGGAUCCAAAAUGGGCUAAAAAGCUGCGGGAAUGAGAGCUGAGUUAGUUUGGGGAAGAGACGUGUGGGUACAGGGUACAGGGGCUCUGCAGGCUAAUGAGGAGACUCUGCCCAAGGACAGUGUAUUACAUAUUUGAUUGAAAAAGAGGCACAGAAGCCCCAGAAGCUGACAAUUCUCUGAUUCUUUGGAUAAAGACAAGAGGCCAUUAGACCGUGCAACUUCUCCAACACCAGGAAAUCCACACAUUGGAGAGAAGAAUCUGUAUCCGACUGAGAAAAAGCUUUAGUGCAAUGAGCAUUCCCAACUCCCAGAUGGAACUUCCCUCAGUGGCACAACAUUACGAAUGCCCACAACCUGGGAAAAGACGUUUAACAAAAAACAGACUUAACAUUGACAAGACAUUUAACAUCAGGGAGAAACCAUUCAUGUGCACGGAAUGUGGGAAAGGUUUCGCACUAGCAAGAGACUUUAAAAUUCACCAGAGAAUUCACACCGGGGAGAAGCCUUACACCUGUACAGAAUGUGGGAAAAGUUUCAGGCUAAAGGAAGGUCUUAAAAAACACCAGAGGAUUCACACAGGGGAGAAACCAUAUCCGUGUACAGAAUGUGGGAAACGUUUCACUUUGAAGAGUCAUCUACUCGUGCACCAGAAGAUUCAUACAGGGAUAAAACCAUUUGUGUGCACAGAAUGCGGAAAGAGUUUCUCCCAGAAAGCUCAGCUUCAGAUACACAAUAAAUUUCACACAGGGGAGAAACCAUUUUGCUGCACAGAAUGUGGGAAAAGUUUCAGUUUAAAGAGCCACCUUACCAGGCAUCACACAAUUCACACUGGGGAGAAACCAUUGAGUUGUACAGAAUGUGGCAAACAUUUCUCUACAAAGGACAGACUUUCUUCCCACUUAAGAGUCCACACAGGAGAGAAACGAUUCACGUGUACCAUAUGUGGGAAUCAGUACACUCGUAAAGACAGGCUUGAGCGCCACAUGCGACUUCACACGGAAGAAAAACCUUUCCCUUGUACAGAAUGUGGGAAAUGCUUCCGCAGUAAGGAAGGCCUUCACUCCCACCACACGACUCACACAGGGGAGAAACCAUUCACGUGCACUGAGUGUGGGAAAUGUUUCUCUGCAAAGUCCAGCCUUCAACGGCAUCAAACGAUCCACACAAGGACAAGGCUUUCCCAUGUACAGAAUGGGGCAAAUGCUUCUCUACAAAGGCCAAUCUUCAGCAGCCUCCUAUAUUUUUUGAAGAUUUGGAAGCAGAGUCCCGAUGAUGAGGGUUUCCAGGUUUCGCCUAAUUUUCCUACCGUGCAACUUCUCCAACACCAGGAAAUCCACACAUUGGGGAGAAAAAUCUGUAUCCGACUGAGAAAAAGCUUUAGUGCAAUGAGCAUUCCCAACUCCCAGAUGGAACUUCCCUCAGUGGCACAACAUGAAUGCCCAGAAUGUGGGAAAAGAUUCUUGGAAAAAACCAAACUUAUUAUUCAUUACAGAUUUCACACCGGGGAGAAACCAUUCAUGUGCAUGGAAUGUGGGAGAAGUUUUAGAGUAAAAAGAAUACUAAUACAACACCAGAGACUUCACACAGGGGAGAAACCCUAUGCAUGUACAGAAUGCGAUAAACAAUUCAAUAAAAGGUGUAACCUUCUCAGCCACCAGAAGAUUCAUACAGGGGUAAAACCAUUUGUGUGCAUGGAAUGUGGGAAAAGCUUCUCCGACAAGAACACCUUUCAGAGCCACCAGAGAAUUCACACAGGGGAGAAACCAUUUUCUUGCACAGAAUGUGGGAAAUGUUUCACCACAAAGAGACAGAUUAACGGUCAUUACAAGGUUCACACAGGGGAGAAACCCUUUGCUUGUGCAGAUUGUGAGAGAUGUUUCGUUUUACAGGGAAGCCUUACCAAACACCAGAGAAUUCAUUUGCAAGAUCAACUUUUAUGUGUAGGGAAUUCGGGAAACCUUAUACUGCAAAGUCCAACCAGCAACACAAUCAUCCCCACAGGGGAGAAACCAUUCACUUGCACAGAAUGGGGUUUCCCCAAUAGAAGGUUCAUCUCCUCCCCCAGAACAUUCAUACAGGGGAAGAGAUACAGUCACUGAUUUCUCCUCCAUAUUCUCCCAUUCCAACAUUGCCUAUUGGCCAUUGGAGCUGCCAAUCAUAUCUAUAGGUACCAACCCACACACUAUGGGGUUAUUUGUAUGUAAAAUAUAUUCCUCAAUAAAUGUAAUGCAAUAUUUCAGUUGUUUAUUCCUCGUUUUAUGUUUAUUUUAGUGCUUCUUAGAGUUCGGUGCAUUCUCUAUGUGCUUAAGGGCAAUUACACCUUUUCCAUGGGAAAU